CAAAGGGCAUUUUCUUAUCAGAUUGCAUUUCAUUUCAUUUCAUUUCAUCAGAAUCAAUCUAUCAAUCAACAGGAGCUUGAGAUAUUUUGCGAAAAUGGCCGGAGUUGGACCUAUCUCACAGGACUGGGAACCCGUCGUCAUUAGGAAGAAAGCCCCCAACGCCGCCGCCAAGAAAGAUGAGAAAGUCGUCAACGCCGCCCGUCGCUCUGGCGCCGAUAUUGAAACCAUAAAAAAAUCAAAUGCUGGCACAAACAAGGCUGCCUCCAGCAGCACUUCUUUGAACACAAGGAAACUUGAUGAAGAUACAGAGAAUCUUGCUCACGAACGUGUUCCAACUGAACUCAAGAAAGCAAUUAUGCAGGCACGAACAGAAAAGAAACUUACCCAGUCUCAACUUGCUCAGCUGAUCAAUGAAAAGCCCCAAAUUAUACAGGAGUAUGAGUCUGGUAAAGCCAUUCCUAAUCAUCAGAUACUUACCAAGCUGGAGAGGGCCCUUGGUGCAAAACUGCGAGGAAAGAAGUGAAGUGAAACUUGUAGGAAACUACUUCCAGUACUUUUAAUGUUGUCGUUUGUUGUGUGAGUCUUUAAAAUUGGUGGUAUAUAUGAACUUGUUCUACCGUUGUCAUGGUUCGCUUAUUAGAAGUGUCUUUUAGAGUUUGACUCUUUGUUAUCACUAUAAAUCUUUGAGGUCGGUCUUUGACUUUCGCUUAACUGUAUUUCAUGUGCUUAUUGCAUCAUAAGCUGAAAGUGCCAUUGUCAAUUUCUACGCUAUAGCAAUUUAUUUGUGUUGA